GAAUAUACAAGCUCACCGACUACACCGACACCGACAUGCACGUAUCCGGUUCUAUAAAUUCGACUCUGAUUCUUAAAGACGAGCAUACCAAAUACAUCACACACAACUACAGAAACAAAAGGAGAAGAAAAAUGUCGUCCGAAUGUCCUGGGAAGAACGCAUGGCCGGAGCUUGUGGGAACAAACGGAGACUAUGCGGCUUCGGUGAUAGAAAGAGAGAACAGGAGAGUCGAUGCAGUCGUGAUUUUGGAUGGAACUCCGGUGACUGCAGACUUCAGGUGCGACCGGGUCAGGGUUAGGGUUGAUAAUAACCGUAUCGUCGUCAAAGUCCCUACCGCCGGUUAGAUUUUGAUACGGACUACGCAGCUAUGUCUAUAUAAUAUGAACAAAAUAAAAACUAUAUACAAUGCUUUUUUUUUUUGCUUGUUAAAGAACUAUAUACAAUGCAUGGUCGGUUGGUCAUGAUGUAAGUCAUCAUUCGCGUGAGUAAUUUCGGUUUUUCGUUACCUGAAUGGUUACUGAUGUCAUGUUAUAUAUAAAUAAAUGUUUGUAUAAUGCAAUGGUUGCAAGUGAAUAAAAUUUAUGUCCUAUUUCAUUGUUUUUAUAUCUAA